AUGCCUCCCUCCAGAUGUUUAGUUGUCGCGUCCACCGCGGAACAAGAUACUACCUGGGUGGAGACACAACUCGGAAGCGAACCCGGCCUGUCCGCGCGCGUCUAUGUCGUCGACGAUGCCUCAUCAAAGUUCUCUGUACCAACGAACAAAGGCCACGAAGCGAUGGUGUAUCUGACGUAUAUCAUCGACGAGUACGACGACCUGAGCGAGAUAACCUUGUUCGUACAUGCACAUCAAUUCUCAUGGCACAACAACGACCAGUUGAACAGAGACAUGGUCGAGAUGGUCCGACGACUCAUCUCUGAUUAUGUGAUCCGCAAUCGCUACGUCAAUCUACGCUGUCAUCACGAUCCUGGAUGUCCAUCACACAUCUUUCCUCACGAGCCGAUCCUCGAUCCGGAAUAUCCUGAGAUCGCUGUAAUGGGACUUGCAUGGACUGAGCUCUUUCCAGGCGAGGUCGUGCCGGACAGCGUGGCGCAACCGUGCUGUGCCCAGAUGGCCGUGUCUCGGGAAGCAAUUCUCGCGCUGCCCAGGCAACGUUACGUCGACCUGCGGGACUGGCUGCUGGAAACAACCCUAGAUGACGGGCUGUCUGGCCGGGUGUUCGAGUAUACGUGGCAGUACAUUUGGGGUCAGAGAUACGAGUACUGUCCAUUGCAGAGUGUCUGCUACUGCGAUAGCUAUGGAUUGUGCUUUGGAGGAGAAGAACAAUACGCCAGCUACAACACCAUCAGGCAAAUCACCGAGAAUAUGGACAACACGUUGAAGAUGCAUGCUUUUGGUCGAGUUCUGGGCAACGACGGCGACUCGUCUAGAGACACAUUGCUCAAGUCUGAGGAGAGUAUAGAGGCGCAACUGGAGUCCUGGAAGGCGUCUGCAGUCAUGCGAGGGACAGACCCAAGGAACCGUGCAUUCGAAGCUGGCAGGCCUUGGACUGCGAGUGAAGCUUACUGA